AUGUUCUGGUGGACAAUUGUCGUUUGCUCCCUUGGGACUCUGGUUUGGGUGGAAUCGCAACUAGUGGGGACUAUCGAAGAUCCCACCGAAACUAUUUCAUGCCGUUUGAGAUUGCAACUUAUCGAUCACUAUUUUUCCGAUUGCCAUAACGUCAAUAUCAUUGUGAAUGAGUGUGCUUUUGAAUUUUUCUUUGAAGAAGCUGACUGCGCGAUCCAGAGCCAUCCGGUGUACAUCAUUUCGAAAAAUCGCUUCCAGCGACAGCUGAACGCCAAACGGCAGGAGGUGGUGUCCAAUAUCCAGGAGGUCGUCUCGGGUUUCUCGUCGGUGGAAGCUUUUGUCGCCUGGGGGACGGCCGAGACGUUUACUGAGGAAAUUAUGCCAAAUCUGGUACAUCGCAAUCUGCAGUCGAAGAUUGUGCUGAUCGGGUAUCGUUUGCCCAAGGGCAAGAUAGCCUACAUUUUCCACCAUGCAUGGAACUGGUACAAGCUUCUGAACGUAGUUGUCAUCAACGUGAUAGGCGACGAUAAAAUCAAAAUCUGCACCUUCGAACCCUUCGGAACGCAAGAACGGCAAGCGGACUCGGUUCAGCUGGAAGAUCUACGAUGCGUAUCGUUGAGAAGUCUAGAGGAAAUGGAAGUUUACCUGCUGGAGUUUGACCAAUUUAUUGAGGCCAGGACUAAACAGCUUAACGGUCACCCUUUAACCGUCGCCAUGCAUGAAAGCCAGGGAACAACUUCUGCGUUUGAUUGCAUUUUAGACAGCAUCACAAUUAGAGAUGUAGAUAUGCAUUUGCUGGAUAUCUUUCAAAAGAAAAUGAAUUUCACCGUCAAUUUCAUCCAUUCGGAUUUGGAAAUUUCCAUGGGUUACAUCUUUCCCAAUGGAUCGUUGGCGGGCUCACUUGAAAUGAUCCAGAACUGCCAGGUUGAUCUAGCUGCAAACUCUCGAAUCAUCCACAACUACAACGAAUUCAAUGUUUUCUAUCUCAAUUACAUUGCUACGGAUAAGUUGAAGUUUCUAGUGCCCAGUAAUUACUACGCAGGACGUGACAAGCGGAUGAUUCUGAUAAAUCCUUUCAGCAUUGCCUACAUGAUGCUGAAUGUGAUUCUAUCGAUAGUUAUCCCAAUCAUCUUGCUAGUAUUGGAGAGAAUGAAAAGUCACAUCCUCCCGAUUGAAGAUCACAGCCCUCUAGGAGUAACGGUGAUGAGAAUGAUCGGAAUAAUCUACAACGUUUCGGUUCGGCAGCCGGUAGCACUCAAAAAAAGAUUCAUCAUAUUCGGUUUGUUGGUGUAUAAUAUAGUGUCUUAUUCACUUUGGCAAGCCGUUACGAUCGGUUACUUGGAACCGGGCAAUCGUGCCGUGAACCACAUCAAUACACUCGAGCAGCUUUUGGAAACGGAUUUGGCACUUAAGGUUACAAACUAUCACCAUCAUAUCGUGAUCGACGAGGGAAGCAACUUCGAGAAUCCGAUGUAUCGAAAUCUCGCCAAGCGCUUGGACACCAAAGGGACUUCCUUGAUCAGAACGGCCUUAGAAGAUGUUAUCAGGAAUCGCAACUCCGCUUUUCUUAUCUCGGACAUGUAUGUUCCGCUGGUGUUGGCCGGAAGCUACAAAUGGCAUCCGGAGUUCAAAUCUUCGCUGAACGAAAUCCCGGAACCAGUGUACGAGUUUUACAAAUCUAUGGUCGUACCCAAAUCGUCCCCGUUCAUCGAAACUUUCAACGGUUUGAUCUCACGAUUCGUCGAAAGUGGAUUCGUGGUGGAGCAAGCUCGACAGCUGGACAUCGUAGAGUAUCUGUUGCAAAUUAAACGAACCGCCGAAAAUGAGCAGGAACCGUACGAGAGAGUGUUUGACAUGGAGUCGCUAAAAUUUUUGUUCGUAUUCUAUCUGAUCAUGAUGCUGCUGGCCACGGUUGUAUUCGUAUUGGAGCUUUUGUACCACUGCUACGAGCAAAAGAAGAAACAGAAACGCAAGAAAACGGUUCGCGUAGCGUUCGAGCAAGAAUAUGUACCAUUUGAAUUUGUGAUUUGA